AUGCUUCAUGGAAGUAAGUUUGACGCAAAUGACUGGCGAACUGGUUCGAGGCCUUGGGCAGUCACGUCGCAAGCUGUCGCAGAAUUGAUAAUUAGCUGGGCGAACCUUCCAAUUGCACAGUCUCCUCACAGCUCUGGCCCGGGAGCGACUCUGGUGCCUGCGAUUGACUGGGACAAACAACAGGCUGAGCUCUGUGUACAGCUUCGACGGUCACUCCCCUCGAAUGUACCUCCAAGUCCCGUCGCGGUCACCUCUCCGGCGCAAAAUACCUAUCAGGUCCACCCUAGUUUCCGCCCUCUUGACCACCCUGAAUCCUUGUCAUUGGUUCUCUCAAAAUUACCGGCUGAGUCAGCCAAGACCGCCUUCGGCCCCGAGGUGACCAUUGGAAGCUGGGCAGUCCACGACGGUUCCCCGGUUGACUUGGACGAAGGUUACCGAGCUCUCUGGCUGCAGUGGAACUCGAGGUCUUCGAUCUUUGGUUCACUUGCAUCAUCAUGA